AUGAUCAAAAUGAGAAAUGAGAUAGACAAUGAAUCUGAUUCAGAAAAUGAAGUUGUGGAUUACACCAUCUUGUCCAGAAAAGACCUUGAUAGAUUAGAGGCCCCUAGACUCGAGAUCCCUGUCUCAGUACAGCAAGUCAUCUCUAAGAUUCAGCAAGCGCAGCUCUAUCGAGCCAGACAGGACAUUAAUAUGCAGCUGGCUGAUAUAAUGCAAACUGUGUGGCACAAGAUAAGACCCUACAAUAUUGAUGAGAAUGUGUACCACAGAAGGAAAAUCUCCCUUACAGAACAUAAGAAACAGAGAGUAAAUUUCCUGGGGAAAAUAGCUGCUUAUGCUAAUUCUGCUGAAAUUAAAGAAAAGACACUUGUCCACAUCCUGGCCUGGCUGAAAGAAUGGAAUGCCAUUUUGUCUGAGAUGACCGAAUCUGACAUUGAUGAACACCAUUACUGGAUAGCACAAAUGGAGCUUUUACCAGAAACGUUCAAAGCUAUUGAGAGCAAUGUCAAGAUACUGAGUCGAACUACUGCCCUUUUGCUUGAAGAAAAGAAUCAACAAAAGAAAAAAAUAAUGACCAGAGGUACUCUAUGGAAAUCUUGGAAAGAAAGAGUUAUAAAGCGACCUGCAACAGCCCAUGCCUUAAGACCAGAUCAGAUGAUUAGUGAUGACUUUGCAACAAAUACAAAGGUUUCAGAAAUCCAAGGUAUGCUACAGGAACUCGUAAAAACUGCAAUGUUCAAUAAAUUGGAAAACAAUGCUAUUAAAUAUAUAUCAUCAACCAUAAAAAACCUUUCUAUAGCAUUGAGUUCACUAAAGGAUGAAUUAAAAAUUAACUUCCAAAAUGCCAAUAUGUAUAUAAGUGAGAUAAGUGGAGGAGAAAAAGAGAUCUCCCUAAAGAUAAUACAAGAUCUCAGUGAAGAAAAUGAAAUGCUUCAGCAGAAACUUCAAGAUGCAGAAGAAAAAUGUGAACGCCUUAUUCAGUCCAAAGUAUCAACAGGAUCACUCACAUCACCCUUGAAAGUAUCAUCUGAGCUUUCUCCACCAUCAUCCAUGGUCAGUAGCAAGGCUGAUAAAGAAGACAGUAUAGAUAGUAUUUUAGCCAAAGAAUUUGAAUAUAGUAUGGAUGAGGCCCAAAGCAAGGGUACCAAAGCCUCAGGGAUCAAGUGGGACUCAGGUGUUUUAUAUACAGCCCAAGAUGAAAGGACUCCAGAUUUAAUUGAACAGCAAUCCCUUCUACCUGAGAAAGCAGAGAAAACACCUACUGAAGAUAUCACUAAAGACAAGAUAUCACUGAAGAAAGGUGAUGUCGAUAAGAAAGGUGGGACUGUUCAGUAUCAACCAAAGAAAAGAGCAAGCUCAAAAAGCCCAUAUGUGCAGGAGACCUCUGGAUCUAAUCUGAGUGAUGAUAAAGGUAAACAGAUAGUCUCAGAGACCAAAGUUGAUCACCACUUUGAGCUACCAGCACUGGGAAAGAAGAGUAAAGAAAUAAAAUUCCUUUCUGAAGCCAAAUCAAAGUCAUCCACUGAAUCAAAAAUUCGACAUGUUCCUGCUGAUUUCCCUUCUACUGACACAAAGAGCCAAGGUGGCAAAAGUACACCUAAUGUAUGGGACCGACUCAGGAAUAUGAAACUUGAACAUAUACUUGAGAAAAACCGGAUUUCUUCAGAGAUUCAAGAGAAGCCUGACACUGGGUCAAUGGACAAAGUAAGCAAAAGUGAUAUGAGUAGCCAAGCACAGCCAUACAGUGCUAUCCAACUUGAUCAUCCCUUUGAGAAAGUAAAAAGAAAAGGAAAAAAACAUCAAAUCUCUCCAGGAACUACCACAAGCGAAGAAGGAAACACUGCAGAGAAGGACAUGUCACUUUUCGCCAAGAAGCUCAAGUCUCAUGAACUUGUUAAAUCACAAUUUAGCGUAACUAAAGAGACUUCAGGAUCUACUAAAGUUCCAGAAAGUUCAGAUGGCAAAAUUGAACAGAGUAAUCUAGAAGAAUUUCAUAAAGCCAUAAUGGCUUUCUUAAAAGAGAAAAUUGAUAACACAGGAAAGCCUUUGGAUAAAAAGACUGUGCCAGAAGAAAAAAUGCUAAAAAAUGCAGAAGUGGAAAAAUUAGGAAUUAUAAAGGCAAAAAUGGAGGAAUAUUUUCAAAAUGUGGCUGAAACUGUGACAAAAAUCUUGAGAAAAUAUAAAGACAUAAAAAAUGCAGGACAAGUUGGAAAGAAACCUAUGAAGCGAAAAAAGACAGUCUUAUUUACGCCAGGAUUGCAUUCUCAGAAGCCAAUUAGUGCAAUGCCUGAAAUCAGCUCCUUAUUGUCAUCUGUGAGCAUGGACCCAGUCACUCACAGUGUGAUACAAACAAUCUUGACAGAAAUAGAAAGUGAAAGAGGUGCUCCUGUAGCCUCAGUAGCAGGGACAGAGCCUGAGGAGAAGGAAAAACAAAGACAGGAGGAGUUUCUGCAAGAGGUUCAAGGAAAAAGUUUGGAUAUUGAUCUUAAACACCAGUUGCCAGAAGAAAGGAAUCUCUGGAAGACAAGCUAUGAGAUGAUAAGGAAGAAUUUGGAUAUGGAAAAGGCACAGCUCCAGAUGAAGGAGAGAAAGCAAGAGCAGGAGCAGGAGCAGGAGGAAGUGUGGAAGGAACAGCAAAGACAGAGGAUGCAAAAGCAGAUUGAGCAAGAUGAGAAGCGAAAGCAAAUGGAAGAACAGAAAGAGGAGCAGAAGCAAAAGCAGCAGCUGGAAGUAUGGAGGCAAAAAAUCAAAGGGCAAGGAAUACCCUUGGAGAAGAAGAUACAGCGGAUAGGGCAGGUUCAGAAAGAAGUCAAACAUCUGAAGCAGGAAAGUAGUUGGGAGGAGGAAGAAGAAAAGCAGAAGUCAAUUAGAAAGGUAGAGGAACAUGAAAGUAAGUGGCAGAAAAAAGCAAAGGAGCGGAUGAAGAUUAAGGAGGAAAACACUGAAGAACUUGGAAAGAUAUUAGGCCACACUUCAGUGACAUUGGCUCCCAGGUGGAAGAACAUGUGGAAAGAGGCACAUCAGUUACACAAAAGAAAAGAGCCCCAUGUGAAUCUUAAGACACUAGAGACUCUUGCUGAUGAAGAGCACUCCAUGCCAAUCAUUCCUCCUACCUCCACACAGUCUUCCUCACCUGAGCCCUUUUCUAUUCCUGGAAAGUCUCCCACAAAAGUCACUCUCACCCCUCAGCAGGCCAAGGAACUUGGGGUCACUGUCACCCCUGACCAGGCCCAGGCACUUGGGGUCACUCUUACCCCUCAGCAGGCCCAGGCACUUGGGGUCGCUGUCACCCCUGAACAGGGCCAGGCACUAAGAGUCACUCUCACCCCUCAGCAGGCCAAGGAACUUGGGGUCACUGUCACCCCUGACCAGGCCCAGGCACUAGGGGUCACUCUCACCCCUCAGCAGGCCCAGGCACUUGGGGUCACUCUUACCCCUCAGCAGGCCCAGGCACUUGGGGUCACUCUCACCCCUCAGCAGGCCCAGGCACUUGGGGUCACUCUUACCCCUCAGCAGGCCCAGGAACUUGGAGUCACUGUCACUCCUGAACAGGCCCAGGCACUAAGAGUCACUGUCACCCCUCAGCAGGCCAAGGAACUUGGGGUCACUGUCACCCCUGACCAGGCCCAGGCACUUGGGGUCACUCUUACCCCUCAGCAGGCCCAGGAACUUGGAGUCACUGUCACUCCUGAACAGGGCCAGGCACUAAGAGUCACUCUCACCCCUCAGCAGGCCAAGGAACUUGGGGUCACUGUCACCCCUGACCAGGCCCAGGCACUAGGGGUCACUCUCACCCCUCAGCAGGCCCAGGCACUUGGGGUCACUCUUACCCCUCAGCAGGCCCAGGCACUUGGGGUCACUCUCACCCCUCAGCAGGCCCAGGCACUUGGGGUCACUCUUACCCCUCAGCAGGCCCAGGCACUUGGGGUCGCUGUCACCCCUGAACAGGCCCAGGCACUUGGGGUCACUGUCACCCCUCAGCAGGCCCAGGCACUUGGGGUCACUGUCACCCCUGACCAGGCCCAGGCACUUGGGGUCACUCUUACUCCUCAGCAGGCCCAGGCACUUGGGGUUACUGUCACCUCUCAGCAGGCCCAGGGACUUGGGGUCACUCUCACCCCUCAGCAGGCCCAGGCACUUGGGGUCACUCUCACCCCUCAGCAGGCCCAGGCACUUGGGGUCACUGUCACCCCUGACCAGGCCCAGGCACUUGGGGUCACUCUUACCCCUCAGCAGGCCCAGGCACUUGGGGUUACUGUCACCUCUCAGCAGGCCCAGGGACUUGGGGUCACUCUCACCCCUCAGCAGGCCCAGGCACUUGGGGUCACUCUCACCCCUCAGCAGGCCCAGGCACUUGGGGUUGCUGUCACCCCUGAACAGGCCCAGGCACUUGGGGUCACUCUCACCCCUCAGCAGGCCCAGGCACUUGGGGUUGCUGUCACCCCUGAACAGGCCCAGGCACUUGGGGUCACUCUUACCCCUCAGCAGACCCAGGCACUUGGGGUCACUCUCACCCCUGACCAGGCCCAGGCACUUGGGGUCACUGUCACCCCUGAACAGGCCCAGGGACUUGGGGUCACUCUCACCCCUCAGCAGGCCCAGGCACUUGGGGUCACUGUCACCCCUGACCAGGCCCAGGCACUAAGAGUCACUCUCACCCCUCAGCAGGCCCAGGCACUUGGAAUCACUGUCACCCCUGACCAGGCCCAGGGACUUGGGGUCACUCUUACCCCUCAGCAGGCCCAAGCACUUGGGGUCACUGUCACUCCUGAACAGGCCCAGGCAUUUGGGGUCACUCUUACCCCUCAGCAGGCCCAAGCACUUGGGGUCACUGUCACUCCUGAACAGGCCCAGGCAUUUGGGGUUGCUGUCACCCCUGACCAGGCCCAGGCACUUGGGGUCACUGUCACCCCUCAGCAGGCCCAGGCACUUGGGGUCACUGUCACCCCUGACCAGGCCCAGGCACUAAGAGUCACUCUCACCCCUCAGCAGGCCCAAGCACUUGGGAGGUCUUUGGGGGCCCCUCUCACCUCAGAUAAAGCCCAUGUUUUAAGAUAUUCCCUUACCCCUAAGCAAGUCCAACUUUCUCUUAAACCAUUUCAAAAAUCAAAGACUUCUCUCUCCUCUGGGCACCCCACUCCAUCAAAACCUAGGCAGUCCCUGGCACCAUCAUCUAUUGCUGGGAAGCCGUCUAUAUUUGAGGUCUCUUCUACUCCUUUGCAGAUAUCAAAGUCUCCUCUUACCCAAGUCCCUUUGGUCCCUGAGAAAUCCCUAGGAAAGGGGAUUCCUUCUGACCCCAGGAAGCGCCUGUCGCCACAUACUUUCCCCUCCUCUGGACAGGCACUGGUCUGUAAGGGUCAGUCCACCUCUGUGCAGAUCCUACCACCAGAGGUCACUCCCACCCCUGGGAAGCUCCCAAUAUCAGGGGCCCCUCCAACCCCUGGACAGCCCCUUAUAUCUGGGGUUCCACCCACCUCCUCACAGAUUCCCAGUCUCUGGGCCCCUCUUGCUCCUGGGAAGCCCUUGGUACCUGGGGCCUCUUCUACCCCUGGGGAGCUCAUGGAAUCUGGACCCUUAACCCUCUCUGAGCAGCACCAGACAUUUCAGCUCCCUGCUACCUGUGAGCAAUCUCCCUAUCUACAAGCCCCUUCUACACUUGGGCAGCAUCUGGCACCAUGGACCUUUCCUAGACAAGCCUCCCCACUAUGGAUCUCUCCCACCCCUAGGCAUCAUCCAACACUACGGGCGCCCUCAAUCCCUGGAAAGACCCAGAAAGGUUUGUCCUCUUCUGUCUCUAAGAAAAGUCAGGAAGGAUUGGCAAUUGUUUCUUCUUUGAAGUCCAAAUCAGCAUUGGUCCAUCCCAGUGCUCCAAAUUUCAAAGUACCUCAAGCCCCUUUCACCACUAAGAAGUUACAAAUAUCAGAGGUCUCUGAUACUUCUGAAGAAAUCCAGAGACUCCAUGAUCCUUUUGCUAUGGAACAAUUUCUGACAUUUCAGUCCUAUCUCACCAAGUAUAGGACACCAAGAUUACAAACCCCUUCCAUUGAUGAGGGAUACCUUCCAACUCUCAGGAAGCCUAUAACAUCACUACCUUCUCUUACUACUCAACUAUUCAAAACAUCACAGAUUUCGAAUGCUGAAUGGGACUGGAAAUCCCGAUUCCCCCCUAUAAACAAGCCCUGCAUAAUGACUUCAGUUUCAGGUUCCAAGAAACCCAGGAUGAUGGUACCUCCUUCCUCUCCCCAAGAGCUCAAAGAGCAGAGGUAUUUUGUUGAUGUGGAGGCUCAAAGGAAGAACCUAAUACUCUUAAAUCAGGCUACAAAAACUUCUGGACUUCCUUCAGAGCUACACACAACUGCUAGGAACCUCAUAAUUGAGACAUUUCAUACAGACACUGUUCGGCUGGGAUACCUAUUCCACAAGUACAUUGCCUAUAGGCUGAUCCAGCGUGCAAGAAACAACAUAAUCAAACGAUUACAAGCCAUCCAAAACAGUGGGAAAGGUUAUGAAACCCAGAACCUCUACUUAAUACUGAGCAGAAUUGACGACUACCAGAAAAAGGUGAUGGUGGCCUGGACCAAGAAGCAGAAGUCUCUAGAGCAGAAACGGACUCAGUGUCUGAGGAAAAUAAUAUCCUUAUUUGGCCAGCUCCAAGAGAUGCAUAAAUUGAAUCUUAGUCAACCUGUACCUUUGAUCAUUGACAGAAAGCAAACACCUGCCCCUACCAAAUUUGUUCAACAAGAGCCAUUCCUAGAGCUGCUAAUAGAAAAAGACAGAAAAUCUGAGAUAUUUCAGAAAUCGAGGUAUGUGGAAGACCAGAUGGAAGCCAUCUGGAAUGCUGAUCAGUCAACUUCAAGCUACCCAAUAGCUGAGAAGACACCAAUGCAUUCACUGUGGGCCCAGCUGGGUGGGUACCCAGCGCUUCCUAUGCUGCUCCAGUUAGAUGUUCAGUCUACCUUAAGAAAAUCUCUGGCAUCCAUUCAAUCAAAGUAA